AAUUUUCAGCCAAUCAUUUUCUGCCAAAAUGUCUGCGCCCAUUCGGUUUUCGACUAACUUUCUUAAAAGUUCUCUUAAAUUAUGUAAUAUUGUGGCCUUUGCUUUAAUCUUGCUAAUCCAAUUACCAUAUACGGCAGCGAAUCUUCCGAGAGGCGUAAUGCCAGCAGCCGCCAGUUUGUAUACUGAUUCUGGGUUAUUUACUUGUUUUUCUUGGGAUGGCUCAAGAGCAGUUCCUUCGCCCAUUUCUAUAGAAAGAGACAAGAUUAAUGAUGAUUAUUGUGAUUGCCCUGAUGGUAGUGAUGAACCGGGUACAUCAGCAUGCUCCAAUGGCAUCUUCUUUUGUGAAAAUAAAGGGUUUGUCCCAACGAAACUCGUAUCGUCAAGAGUAAACGAUGGAAUUUGUGAUUGUUGUGAUGGAAGUGACGAGUAUGCUUCGAAUGCAAAUUGUCAAGAUGAUUGUUUCGCAAGAGGAACGAAACUGAGAGAGGAAAAGGAAAAGGAACGAAUUUUGCUUGAAGAGGGACAUAAAAUUUAUGAAACUUACUGCAGUGAGGGCCAAACGUUUAAGAAAAACCAGGAAGACCAAUUAACAAAAUUAGGAAAUGAUAUCGAGGAGCUACAAAAACAAUGGGAUGAAAUAAAUCGAAUAAAAGAGGAAAAAGAAAUUCCCGAAAAGGCGGCUAAAGCAAAGCAUGAAGCUGCGUGGAAGGAAGAAAAAGAAAAGAAGAAUGCCGAACAAGUUCACUUAAAGGGCAUAACUGCUUUCCAUGAGCUGGACAGUGACGGCAAUGGACUUGUCUCCAUCGAAGAGAUGCAAAAGCAUAUAGAGUUUGAUAUAGAUAGAAAUGGAGAAGUAGCGUCAGAAGAGGCCAAGGAAUAUUUAGAAGAUAAUGAAACAAUUGACGAAGUUCUGUUUAUGGAGAAAGUUUGGCCUUCAAUUAGAGAAAUUUAUACCGCAGCCAAGCCACCUGAGCAAAAGAAAGGGGAUGAUGAAGACACACCACCCAUUCCUCAGGAUGAAGAAGAGGAGGAAGAGACAGAUGAUGAAAAUGAUAAUCCAGAAUCACAUCAAGCCCCAACUGACAAUGAAAACAAAGAUAACCCGACUGAAUCAGAAGAUGAAAUGCCUGAAUAUGACGACGAAACCAAAGCCUUAAUUGAAGCCGCCGAACAGGCCAGAUCUAGUUUCAACGAAAUUGAUCAGAAAAUCAAAGAUAUUAAAAAAGAUAUUUCUGAUAUCGAAGCCGAUCUCAAAAUUGAUUAUGGACCUAACAAUGAAUUUCAAAAAGUCAAGGAAGGCGGCUGUAUUGAAUACACUGAUAGAGAAUAUACUUAUAAGCUUUGCCCAUUUGAUAGAGCUUCACAAAGGCCUAAGGAUGGAGGAGUGGAAACUACAUUAGGAUAUUGGGGAUUAUGGAAUGGACCAUCUGAUAAUCUUUACUCAUCAAUGAAAUACGAGAAGGGUCAAAACUGCUGGAACGGGCCAGAUCGUUCCGUUGUUGUUAAAGUGUCUUGCGGAACCGAGAAUCAAAUAAUUUCGGCUUCAGAACCAUCUAGAUGUGAAUACGAAUUUCAAUUCAAAUCACCAGCAGCUUGCGGCAAAACAUUCUCUGAUUUAAACAAAACAGAUCCAGAGCACGACGAAUUGUAAUACAACUUUAACGAAAGAUAUUUAAAAAAAAUUACAUUUAUAUAUAUA